AUGGCAGUGGGCUAUAGCUCCCUUGUGAGCAUGAGCGUGGUUGGAGUUCUGGACGAUUGCCUAUGUGAUAUUACCAGCAUUGACAAUUUCAAUACCUACAAAAUCUUCCCCAAAAUAAAACAGUUGCAAGAGCGAGACUAUUUUCGUUAUUAUAAGGUUAAUCUGAAGCGACCAUGUCCUUUCUGGGCAGAAGAUGGCCACUGUUCAAUAAAAGACUGUCAUGUGGAACCCUGCCCAGAGAGUAAAAUUCCAGUUGGAAUUAAAGCCGGGCUUUCUAAUAAGUACUUGAAAGUGGCAAACAAUACCAAAGAAUUACAAGAUUGUGAGCAAGCUAAUAAACUGGGAGCAAUUAACAACACAUUAAGUAAUCAAAGCAAAGAAGCUUUCAUUGACUGGGCAAGAUAUGAUGAUUCACAGGAUCACUUUUGUGAACUUGAUGAUGAGAGAUCUCCUGCUGCUCAGUAUGUAGAUCUGUUGCUGAACCCAGAGCGUUACACCGGCUAUAAGGGGUCCUCGGCGUGGAGAGUGUGGAACAGCAUCUAUGAAGAGAACUGUUUCAAGCCUAGAUCUGUUUAUCGUCCUUUAAAUCCUCUGGCCCCAAGUCGAGGUGAAGAUGAUGGAGAAUCAUUCUAUACAUGGCUAGAAGGUUUGUGUCUGGAGAAGAGAGUCUUCUAUAAACUUAUAUCAGGACUUCAUGCCAGUAUCAAUUUACAUCUAUGUGCGAAUUAUCUUUUGGAAGAAACCUGGGGUAAACCUAGCUGGGGACAUAAUAUCAAAGAAUUUAAACGCCGCUUUGACCCUGUGGAAACAAAGGGAGAAGGUCCAAGAAGGCUGAAAAAUCUGUACUUUUUAUACUUGAUCGAGCUUCGAGCUUUGUCAAAGGUGGCCCCCUAUUUUGAGCGUUCAAUUGUUGAUCUUUACACUGGAAAUGUAGAAGAUGAUGCCGACACCAAAAGCCUUCUACUGAGUAUAUUUCAAGAUACCAAGUCAUUUCCCAUGCACUUCGAUGAGAAAUCCAUGUUUGCAGGCAACAAAAAAGGGGCCAAGUCAUUAAAGGAAGAAUUCCGGUUACAUUUCAAGAAUAUUUCCCGUAUUAUGGACUGUGUUGGAUGUGACAAAUGCAGAUUAUGGGGAAAAUUACAGACUCAGGGUUUAGGAACUGCCUUGAAGAUACUAUUCUCUGAAAAAGAAAUCCAGAAGCUUCCAGAGAACAGUCCAUCCAAAGGCUUCCAGCUCACUCGGCAGGAAAUAGUUGCUCUUCUAAAUGCUUUCGGAAGGCUUUCUACAAGUAUAAGAGAGUUACAGAAUUUUAAAGUUUUAUUACAACACAGUGCCAUUGUAUGUAAGAAAGGACAGCUCUUUUGGUCUUCAUCAGCAUUGCCUUCAGAUGGAAACUUGAGAAAAAGUUCACAGUAAACCUCCCAGCAGUUUGCAGACUGAAGUACCUACAGAAACCAUAGCUAUUCACCAAAAGACACAGGUUAGGUGCACGGUAUUGUGGAAAUUCUUUUGUACAAAAUUCAACACAUAAGAUCACUAGUACUCUAUUUUAAGUAACUCUUACAGGUGCAGCUUUGAUUUUUGAAAAGAAUUCCAAAUAAUUUGCUGUUGUACCCACCAGAUUAUAGAAAAUGUGGAUUAAAGUACAUGUUUCUGCAA